AUGCAAACUGUAUUGAAAGAGGUUACAUCAACACAUUUUAUAGUCACUGGAUGGACACCAUAUUUGAAUCUGAACUCACAAGAAAAACAAGUGCCCAUUUCCAUUGAUGUUAUAAAACAGAAAAGGAUAUUAUCAGUAUCGCAUCUCCACCCUUCAAAAUCAGAAGAUUGUAGAGAGGAAUUGAAGAUGUUGGAUGUUAACGACACAGAAUCAGUAAUGUGUCUUGACGCGGAUUUAAAAUCUGAUCCAUGUUGGAAUAGAAUAAAUUAUUUUUAAUUUUUGUGGUGCCACUUCUUUUGUAAAAGCUUUCGGAUAGAAAUUGGUCCAAAGUUCGCGGAGAAAUCAGUGAACAUACAUAAAAAAAAUAUACGUGUAAGCAAGGAUUUUUUUUUAUGAUAUUGUGGUUUAAUAACAAGUACACAAUAUUGAGCAAAACCGAUGAUAGGCCACUGGAUGGCUAAACAUUUCAUAGAAAGCUGA